CGUGCUGACCCAGCACACGAGUUCCAAUUGCAUCGUCGACGAGUGCGCACAGGUGAAAACUUGCUGGUCGAUCGCCCCUAGCACACAGACACACCUUCUAUCCGGUUGCGAUCGUACCUAACAUUUUUCGGUAGCUUGGUUGUGCUGAUGCGGGCAGUGGUGUAGUUUAGAAACGGAAAAAAACGGAGUUCAUCUACCUUGCAAAAGAGAAGCUGAGGGUCACAAAAAAAAAACGAGUGACGAUCACCUGUAUUUGAAGUGAGCUCUCGAUCAACGGAACAUACGUUUGCACAUCCACGCGAUCGGCGUCGUGUGCGGUUCGGCCCGCCUGCGUGUUACAAGUGCUGCGUGUGUCAAAGUGUGUAUCAUAAGUCGGUUGUGUUGUGGCCCCAUCGGAAGGGAACGGUGCGUAUCAUUAGAGGUCAGGCUCCUCCUGUUCGACUUUUCGAUCCACUGGGAUGAACAAGCUCGUCAAAUUGACGUCACGCAGAUAGGCAGCCAAAAAAAAGCGAUUCAUUGCCGUAAGAUUGUGCCCGGUUGGUGCCAGUUGGUUUUGUUUUUUAAAGUGUUUAGCAAAGGGAAGCAUUUUGUACUAGUUGAAUCAUCCUAAAAAAAAGUUGUGUAGCCGAAACCAAGCUCCAUUUAGGUGGAAACGUUUGCACAGGUGCAGUGUAGUCAGACCGACCGAAAAGGUGGUUUGCCCGUGCGUCGAGAUAGAGGCAGAUUAAAUCAAUACCCUCUAUCGCUAUCUGCCGUUUCAAGUGGUCGCGGUGGUUCGGGGUGUAUUAUCGAUUGAUAACGCGUAAAGCCGAGACCCAACCUUAGCUCCAGUAAUCAUCAUGAGACAGAUCGGAAUGGAGAUCGAAGACCCGCUGAAGCGGAUACAGGAGGAAAUCAACGAGGUGACGCGCCGGGAGCAGGAGCUGCGCGAAGGUCACCGAACCGGCACCGAGGAGCGGAACGGGCUGGACCUGAACGAUGACAACCUGUCGUCGGGCAACUCGGACGAUUCGGGCCUAUCGCUGUCGCCGACGCCGGUCCACUCGCCGUCCGUGUCCAACCUGAAGGACAAGCUGGAGCAGAACGGGAAGGAGUCGGCGCACCAGCGCCGGGCGGAAGAGCAGCAGCGCCGCGCGUUCAUCUUGCCGAGCACGAAAACACUCACCCGGGCCCGCUCGACGCCACAGCUGUUCCACACGUCGACGCCCCCGAGACGCUUCAACCCGAACCCGAACCAUCGCGGCAUCAUGCAGAAGUUUAUCGCUUCCCGGGGCCGGCUGAGCAAGCUGGCGGCGAACGGUGGCGCCGGGGGCCACAACGGGUCGGCUUCAGCCUUGCCGCAAAUGAUGACGAGCAUGGUCAGCACGAAGGCAGAUCCUAUCGUGCCCUCGGUCGAUCUGAGCCGCUCACAUCUGAUGAUACUGCCGACGGCCAUCUCCACACCGCCCACCAUCGAGCGGGACUCGAACGGUAAACCGAUCCGGCGUGGCUACGUCCCGGUGGAGGAAAAGAUCCAGCGCGAGUUGCGCGAUCUGAAGACGCGCGAAUGCGAACUGAAGCGAAUCCGCAAGCUUAACCGCAACGCUUCCCAGUCGGACCUGUUGGACAUGAACUAUGAUGCGUUCGAAUCGAGCGAGGAACUCUCGGACGAAGACAACACGGACGAACCGAUCUAUCCGCUGGCGAGAAAGCUACGGUCGACCAAAUCGAUCAGCGAACUGUGUGACGCCCUGACCAACUCUAGUCUUUCGCCCAGGGAAACUCCUUCGCCACUGUUUGAAAACCGCUCGACGCGUAUGGGCACCGGCUGCGGUGGAGGCAUGCGACCGGCAAUGUCGCUGGCCCAGCUGUGCGAUCUCGACCCACAGGAGGCACCUUCGUCGCACAAACUGAUCGCCCAAUGGGAAAGUCUCAUCCAGCAGAAGCAGCAGCGAUAGAUUGAAGAUUGGCGAGAGGGACGAAUCAUCCCAAAUCCCGCGCCGUAAUGCGGAAAUGUGCGUUAAAUAGUAUCAGCAAAGUGAGCAGGGUUGUAGGAGGGAACGAGUCCCGAGUCCGGUUGACCCGAAAUGAAAAGUUAACUAAUUUAAUGUGAUGUGUUUUGUUUUGGUUGCGUUCAGUUCUACAUUCCGUGUGCAAACGCAAACAAUCGUAAUAGUUUAACUAGGGUUUCGGUUCCACAUUUCCAUCAGCUGCUCUUGCCUUUUAAUAUGUUUUUUUUUUCUUUUUUCCGUACUAUUUGUUACGAUUUGUUCAUUUUUCCCAUCAAUUAUAAAUGGCUUUUUUGCUUUUUAUUUGUCACUUUAAAGAGCUACAGUUCCAUUUGCUACAUUUUACGCUUUUACUAACCUGGCCGUUUUGUUUGAAAUAAUUUAUUUGCUACUUAUCAGAAAUUGCAUUAUUAGCGUUGCAUGCGAGUGAGUGAAGCAGUUGAAAAGUGGUCACUUGCAGAAGCGAAUAUUACAGAGUUGUUUUAUAAAUUAUUUAAACAGGAAUAAGCCAAAACUCAAUCUAAAAUUUUUCAAUAAAACUGCUUGAGAUUUACGUUUCCUACUAUCAAACAGCAAAAUAGAUAAUUUUGCUUUUGUCAUGAAGUUGUCACUUCCUUGCAUAAUCCUACGUUAAAGCGUGUUGGUCGAGACGCUUACACGAACCUACCUAAAGCUGAACUCAUGCAACAAGAAAAUAGGCUCAAUGUUAUCGUAAGACGGUAGUCGCUAGGAGCUUGUGUAUUAUAUACUUAUCGUCAAUGUUUAGCAUUAUGCACAAAACAUAUAGUUAUCUUAAGGAGUGUUACAAAAAACAUUAUAUCGUUUAUACUUUCAUCGGUUUGCAAAGAUAUAAGGAAUGUUCGUCGGUACUGUUUUGCUAGUAUGUAAUAGUGACAGAAUAGCUGACAGCUGGAGAGGCAAAUUGGAGGCAUUUUUUUAAUUUUUGUCAGCGAGAUUAAAAGAGUGUCCGUAUCGAGCGUUUUCGUACGUUUAUAUGCUUAAUGUGUUUAUAUUUAUGCGUUUUUCUUUUGUUUUUUUUCUUCCUUACCAUUACCGAGCUAUCUGUGCGUUAGUAAUGGACACACUUAAGCAAGGAUAAUAAAAUGAAAUAAUUUGAAAAUAAAGUGCUUCAGCGAUGUGCUAUACCUUA